AUAUUUAACUGAAUCAUUGGACCGGGCGACCACUUUUCCUCCUUUCCUCGCGAUCUCCGCCGGACUCCUCCGACCACCGAUCCGCUUCCGACUGCGGCGGGCGGCCAUGGAUGACAACUACCUGAAGCUGUUCGUGGAGGAGACGUCGUUUUACAAUCGGGUAGUGCUGCGGCCGUUCUUACCGGAAAAUGUUCUCGCCGCCGUCCCUCACUUCUUGCAGGGGUGGCUCCGCAACCUUAUCGGCGGCAGCCUGGUGUAUUUCAUCUCCGGUUUACUCUGGUGUUUCUACAUUUACUACUUGAAGCGCCAUGUUUACUUCCCUAGAGAGAGGAUCCCAAGCAGGAGAGCAAUAUUGAUGCAAAUAGGAGUAGCAAUGAAGGCAAUGCCAUUGUACUCUGCUCUACCAACCAUUUCAGAGUACAUGAUAGAGCAUGGCUGGACGAAAUGCUUCCCUUGCAUCGCGAAUGUCGGGCACCUCCCCUACCUUCUCUACCUUACCAUUUACCUCACCAUCGUCGAGUUUGGCAUAUACUGGAUGCACAGGGAGUUGCACGACAUAAAACCGCUCUACAAAUACCUCCAUGCCACUCACCACAUUCACAACAAGCAAGACACGCUGUCUCCCUUUGCAGGGCUGGCCUUCAACCCCAUCGACGGGAUCCUGCAGGCGGUCCCACACGUGGUCGCUCUCUUCCUCGUGCACACCCACCUCAGGACCCACAUCGCGUUGUUGUUCAUCGAAUGUAUAUGGACAACGAACAUACACGACUGUAUAGAUGGGAAAGUGUGGCCUGUCAUGGGUGCUGCUUAUCAUUCCAUUCAUCACACCACUUAUCGCCAUAACUAUGGUCAUUACACCAUAUGGAUGGACUGGAUGUUUGGAACCCUUCAGAAACCCAAAUCCACAUGUGAUGAAGAUGAUGAUAAGGUCAUCAAGAAGAUGUGAUUGUUGAUCAUCAAGCAAUGGCUUGGCACUGCAGCAAAUCCAAGUUUAAUAUGUGGAGUAAAUUUUAUUGCAAGACUGGAGUAAUAAUUUUAUGGUUUGCAGAGGUUCUUGUAUGAGCUUUUUCUCUGUGAUUAACUGCCCAGUAUUUGAUGUGGUGUGAGCUUAACUAAUUGCAUGUAUUUUGAUGCGAAGUAAAAAUAAUUGUGUAGUAAUAAUUGCUUUUCACCUUGAUAGAAAGAAUGGCCAAUGCUCCAUCUGAUUAUUGGUUUUACUUCUUCGGUCCCAAAAAUAGAUUUCUCAUUGUAUU